AUGAGCACCCGUAAUCGCACCCCGCCGCUCCUAGAACCCUACCUCCACCUUCCCCCCGCGGGCUCUCAACUUCUCCUCACCGGCGUCCUCGACUCGACUCCAAACUGGCUAGUCACCCGCCUCCUCCGCAGCGCACUUACCUCCAACUCUGAAUCAGAGUCACCAGAAGAGAAGGAUGUUACAGUAGUACUGGUAUCAUGGUUACGCGACUACGAUUUUUGGAAGAACGAGGUCAGACGGGGUGCUGGUGUCGAUCUUGCGCGUCUGGCUCAACAGGAUAAAUUUGUCUUUGUGGAUGGCUUGACGCACUUGUUUCCUGUCAAUGCGACGUCGAGCGCAAUCACUGCUGCACCACUGGCACAGCAGUCUAUACAGCCUGUACAAAGAAGCCUGCCUGCGAGGAACACUCCAGCUUCGCCGUUACCGAGUCGAGGUGGCCCGCUGCCAUCUCGAGGCCCCAUACCCUCGCGCGGUCCUCCAGUGCACACACCCGCUCCCUCGCAAUCGCAACCACAAGUAUCAGGGCAACAGACACAACCACAAAUCCAGCAACAACAACAACCUUCGAAAACGACCCACCUCAAAGACGCUUCAACAUCCUCAACCCACAGCGCCCUCACAACCCUCCUCUCAGCCCUGCAAUCCUCCCACCCCAACCGCAAAAUCCACUUGAUUCUGGACUCACCAACCCUCCUCCUCUCUACCACUGCUACCCCCUCCGCCUCUGCCUUGUCCUCUCUCCUCCUAUCUUUACGCUCGCUCGUCACGACAAGCACCUUGAUCACUCAAGCCGAUUCGCCCUUCCUCUCUGCCGCGCUGCCAGAUACAUCUCAUCAGUCAACGCCGCUGGAGGCAGCUCAUGCGGCUUUUGUGGUGCAGCAGGCCCAUGUGAGUAAAUGGGUGUUGAGUUUGAGGCCACUGGAUACAGGAAAAGCUAGAGAUGUCAGUGGUGUGAUUAGGGUGAGUCGGGGUGGUGCUUGGGAUGAUGACGAUGAAGAGAAAGAAAAAGAGCAACAGAAAGAGUUGGAAGCCUUGUAUUUUGUGCAAAGCGAUGGUGGAGUCAGGGUGUUUGAGAGGGGUGAGGCUAGCGUUGGUUGA